CUGUAUUCUUCUGCUAAGAUUGACGAGGGGGCGAAAACCUCCGUUACUGUGCGGAUUAAAUCAGGUGUGCGCGGGGGAUUUGGAAUCUCAGAGGGCCUUGCAAAAAUUGUGAUCAUCUUUGGGUUAUUUUUCCUAAUAAAAGUGUUCUGGUCUCUUCAGCAGGUAACAUCGAAAGGUGCUGGCUUAAACCCGAAUGCAAAAGUGUGGCAAGAAGUACCCCAAGGGAGCGGUGAGGCGGUGCCACCAGCAAAUGGCACAGAGCACUCGUGGCAAGAAACAGCGGCUGCACAAGGGACUCACACCGAGGGUAACAUAGAGAUUUCAGAGGAUAGCUGCAAGCAGUAUGAAGUGAUGUAUUCCCCGUCUUGUGAAGCCCCAAGAAAUGGCACAGGAGUUGACGAAGCAUCUGCAAACGGAAUUGUCCUAGCAACUGAAGAUCUUGGAUACCAAAUCUAUGAAGUGUCUGGUGAAGGCAGCUCCACUGUGUCGACAGAAGACAUCAGAGAAUGUUUGAAAAAACAACUUGAAUUCUGCUUCUCACGUGAGAAUCUUUCAAAGGAUCUUUACUUGAUGUCUCAAAUGGACAGUGAUCAGUUUGUUCCGAUAUGGACAAUUGCCAACAUGGAAGGUAUUAAGAAGCUGACGGCGGAUAUGGACCUUAUUCUUGAAGUUUUGAGAUCUUCUCCUAUGGUACAAGUGGAUGAGAGAGGGGAGAAAGUAAGACCAAACCACAAACGAUGUAUUAUCAUUCUCCGUGAGAUCCCUGAAACAACACCUAUAGAGGAGGUGAAGGCUCUGUUUAAAAAUGAGAACUGCCCCAAAGUGAUAAGCUGUGAGUUUGCUCACAACAACAACUGGUACGUUACAUUCCAGUCGGAUACGGAUGCGCAACAGGCGUUUAAAUACUUAAGGGAAGAAGUGAAAACCUUUCAGGGCAAGCCAGUAAUGGCAAGGAUAAAAGCCAUCAACACAUUUUUUGCUAAGAAUGGUUACCGGGUAGUGGAUUCCAGUGUCUAUACUCAGCCAGUUCAGACCCAAGCACAGUUUGCCUCGCCACUGUUCAUGCAGCCUGUAUAUAGUCCCCAGCAGUACUCUAUUUACAGCAUCGUGCCUCAGACGUGGUCUCCAAAUCCUGCACCUUACUUUGAAACACCACUGGCCCCCUUUCCUAAUGGUGGAUUCGUGAAUGGCUUUAAUACACCAGGAUCGUAUAAAACAAAUGCUGCUGCUUUGAGUAUAGGUCGCCCAUUCCAUAGAAAUCGCGUGAAGCCUCAUUUCCGAUCGUCUAACAGCUCGGAACACACUGCGGAGGGUCCAGCUGCCGUCAGUACCGUGCCGCUAGGGGACGGACCACUGAACAGAACCAACUCAAGGAAUUUUGUCAUGGAGCGGCAUAACAGUACGUUAACCGGGCAGCAAGACCAAGGCUAUUCCCAGAAGGAUUCUCCAACCGCACAGAUGGAGCAGAACGGAGAUUAUGGCAUUGGCAGGGGCAGGAGGAACAUUUUCAGAGGUCGGAGGAGACGAGAGGAUGACCGGGUUUCAAGACCUCAGCCUUCACCAGAAACAAAGACUCAGACACCAAAGUUUGACUUGCUAGCAUCAAAUUUCCCACCUUUGCCUGGCAGCACAGCAAAAAUCCCGGGAGAGCCUGUGCUGGAGAGCAGGAUGUCCGAUAUUGUUAAAGGAGUCUGCAAAGAAAAGGAAAGCAAAGACUUGCUGCCCAGCUGUGCAGCUCCUGCUCAGGAAGAACAGACGCUCAGCACCGUCCCGCAGCCUGUGACGAGUGAGAGUUCACCCAGUCAGACUGACGCUGUGGUGUUGAGCACAGUUCAGCCAGACAGCAAACCAGAAGACGCGUGUGCUCAGAAAGAUGUUACAAGCCACAGUUCCCCACCGGUGUCUGUCUCUCCUGUCAGUGCUGCAAAGCCGCCAAGGACAAAUACCACUUCACCCCCUGGCAGUGCCAGCGCCGCUCCGGCGUUGCCGAUGCAGGAGCCCCGCAAGCUCAGUUAUGCUGAAGUUUGCCAGAAGCCCCCAAAGGAGCCUCCUCCAGUUCCUGUUCAGCCUCUGAGGGAACAUCGCACCAACAUAGUUCCUCCUGCCAAAAAUGAAGAAAAUGGCACACCUGAGAAGGCUCCGGAGAAGGCUCACGACAAAGUUGAAGGUCGAAUGAAGGAUUAUUCUGGGUUCCGAGGCAACGGGCCUCCCAGGGGAGCUGCUGAAAAUCAGGGAACAGAGGCGCCAGUUUGGACGCAGAUCGUCGCCUCAGGGAGCACCUCGACGUAUCGGCAAGGAGCAGUACGUGCCACCCCGGUCACCAAAGUAACGCUUGUCCAGCCAAUUUCUCUGUUGAAUUUGAGCUGUGGACUAGUAAGCAGCAAAGGAGACUGUGAGAAAGAAGUAUUCGUGAAGGGGAAUACUGAACUGGAGCGUGGCUUGUGUGGAGAAGUUGUGGAGGGUCCCAAAAUUCAUCUCUAAAAGUGAUUUCACAAAUGCUGGAGGAUUCCAAUCAAUAUAAAUAUAGAGAUUAUAAUUUUUGUAUUUCUGUUUUUAAUUUGCGGAGGGUUUCCUGCUUGAAAUCAGUUUUGGGGUUGUGAAACUAGCAUUUUGACAAAGUGAAAGAAUAUGAAUUGACAAAUUAACCUGUCCCUCAGUGUAGGAGGAAAAGGAUAAGAGAACAUUAUUUUUGAAAAAUGAGCAUUUCUGUAAAAUUAGAACUUUUUUUAACCUAUUUAACAUUUGGCUUAUGGGAUGGUGUGUCUGCCCUUGGCCUUGCACUGCAGAGCCCGUCUGCAGCUGAGGUGCUUGAUCGGCGUGUGAGUGGAGUGAGUGCAGCCAGAUACUGUUGUUACGACUUAGUCACUGAUGAUGAAAAACUGAAUGUACUACUGUAGUAAACUUUGUGUUUCCAGCUUGAAGUAUAGGCUCUUGACUUUACUAAUAAUUCGUUCAGCAAGCUUUUUGAACUAUUAAUUUUUACAGGAUACUGGAUUGUAGAGCAGAGCACGUGAACAGCAAAAAUUGUCUUCUAGUCGCAGUUGGAAGGAGGCAGAAGGGAGCAUGUCAGAAUUUUUAAUUUGACCUUUUUCCUCAUCUCCUUUUGAGGGCAACUUCUUAGGUUUGGGG